CCUUCGCCCGCCGGACGGCUGCGGGGCGCAGCGGGGGACAGGCGGACCGGCGGACGGACAGGAGGGCGGCGGCCGGCCGGCCGGCCAUGGAUCUCCUCGUGCGGGGCUGCUGGCUCCUUUGGGUGGCCGCCGCCGCCUCGGCCCGCGGAGAGCCGGGGGGCAGCAAGAGCAGGAGCUGCGCCGAGGUCCGCCAGGUCUACGGGGCCAAAGGCUUCAGCCUGAGCGGCGUGCCUCAGGCGGAGAUCUCCGGCGAGCACCUGAGGAUCUGCCCACAGGGCUACACGUGCUGCACCAGUGAGAUGGAGGAGAACUUUGCCAACAGGAGCCGCAGCGAGUUGGAGGGUGCCCUCCGGGAGACCAGCCGCUCCGUGCAGGUGAUGCUCAGCACUCAGCUCCGGAACUUUGACAGCCAUUUCCAGGACCUGCUGAACAAGUCGGAGCGGGCUCUCCAGGACACGUUCCCUGGCGUCCACGGGGACCUGUACACCCAGAACGCGCGGCUCUUCAGGGAUCUCUACUCUGAGCUCCGCCGCUACUACCGGGGGGCCAACAUCAACCUGGAGGAGGCUCUGGCCGAGUUCUGGGCGCGCCUCCUGGAGCGGCUCUUCAAGCAGCUGCACCCCCAGUACGUGCUCCCCGAUGAGUACCUGGACUGCAUGGGCAAGCAGGCGGAGGCCUACCGGCCCUUCGGGGAGGCGCCCCGGGAGCUCAAGCUGCGGGCCACCAGGGCCUUCGUGGCCGUGCGCUCCUUCGUGCAGGGCCUGGGGGUGGCCAUCGACGUGGUCAGGAAGGUGGCCCAGGUGCCCCUGGGCCAGGAGUGCUCCCGGGCCAUCAUGAAGCUGCUCUACUGCUCCCAUUGCCUGGGCGUCCAGAGCCCCCAGCCGUGCUCCGGCUAUUGCCGAAACGUGAUGAAGGGCUGCCUGGCUAACCAGGCCGACCUGGACACCGAGUGGAGGAACCUGCUGGAAUCCAUGCUGCUCGUGGCUGACAAGUUUGACGGCCAGACAAGCGUGGAGAGCACAAUUGGGACGAUCCACGUUCGCAUCUCGGAGGCCAUCGCUGCCCUCCAGGACAACAAGGACACGCUCACAUCCAAGGUUUUUCAAGGCUGUGGAAACCCCAGAGUGAGCGGCAAGGGCUCUGGCGGAGAGGAAAAGAGACGGCGAGGGAAGUCUGUGGCAGAGGAGAGGCCCUCGGGGAUCGGGCUGGAGAAGCUGGUCUCAGAAGCCAAAGCCCAGCUCCGGGAUGUCCGAGACUUCUGGGUCAGUCUCCCCGGAGUUCUGUGCACCGAGAAGGUGGCCAUGAGCUCGACCCUUGACGAGCGUUGCUGGAAUGGGAUGACCAAAGGGCGGUACCUCCCCGAGGUGAUGGGCGACGGCCUGGCCAGUCAGAUCAACAACCCCGAGGUGGAGGUGGACAUCACCAAGCCCGACAUGACCAUCCGCCAGCAGAUCAUGCAGCUGAAGAUCAUGACCAACCGUUUGCGCAACGCUUACAACGGCAAUGACAUCGACUUCCAGGACACCAGCGAUGACAUCAGCGGCUCAGGGAGCGGCGACGGCUGUUUGGACGAGGUCUGUGGGAAAAGACUGAGUAAAAGUCAGAGCACGCGGCAGCCCGAGACCCACGCCAUCCCCAACCUGUCAGAGCGUGACGGGAGUGGCGCCCCCGGCUGCCCCCAGCCUUCCUCCCUGCUCCUCCUCCUCCCCCUAGCCCUUGCCGCAACAUGGUCCCUGGGGCGAUAACCACCCCGCCGGCCAGAGGGACUAUGGCCGAGGCCGGCCUUUGCCAAACCGGACAGACGCUGUUUGAUUCAUCUCGGCAGAUGGCGAGAACGCACGCGAGCUCAAGGGGAAGGUCGGUGACCGAGAGUGACCGUGGCCCCCGAAGCCUUCAUCCACUCUGACUCUCGGGCCCCAGGCCCAGACCUGGCUGUUUGUUUGUUUUGGUUUUUCUGUUUUUUUCAUUUCCUUCUUUUCCGGGGGCUGCAUGAGGCUGUCCAGUUGAUGGGAAGAUGGCGCCUCCCCCAAAGGAUCUGCAGCGGGAGACCCCCGAGGGUCCAGCAGCAGAGGGAGGCCGGUGGCGGGGGAGCCGAGUCUGAAAGGUUCCUGCCCCUCGAGAAAGCCGAGUGCCCGUGCCUUCCUUCCCUCCAGCAUCCCUGCAAGCAGCCUUUCCCCACGUGGGGAGCCGAUUCACGAGCUUAUCCCGAGCCCCGCCCUCGAUGCAAAAUCCUCCAUUGAAGAUCUCAAGGAAAUAAGUCUUUCUCCUUAGUUUAAAAAAAGUUAGUUCUCGGAGCAGUGGGUGGUCCUCCGCCCGGAAGUGCCCAGGAGGGGGAUUUUCUAUUUUGCAUGAGAUUCCAAAAUUCACCCACGAUCUCCACCGACACUCGAACCCGUGACUCCGCUUCCAUGGCGUAUGACGUUGAAACCCAACGCGCUGCCGCCGAGUAAUUGGAACCCCCACUUUGCGUUUUCUAGCCCGGCCCCAGCGCCCUUUUCUCUGUGAAUCUGACCGUCAAAGGCUGUUGACAAAUCACGUUUCUUUGAGAUAUUGGUCCCCAGUGUCCAAUGGCGGGGGAGCUAGUUCAAAGGGCAUUGGAGAACGGCACCACGGCUGGAUUCGGGGGGUAUCCUUUUCUCAUUGACCCAGGAAAGAGCAGCUCCUGCGCCUGGUGUCCCGCGAGGGCGAGCUGUCCCAUCUCUCCAUUUCACAGCUAGGAUCACUGAGGCUCACACGGGGCAGAAGCCUUUCCUUGGGUCCCACAGCGGGUCGGCUGCCCUUGACCCCCCGACAGCCGCUCCCCUAGAUCACACCAAAGCAUCCUCUCCACGUUAGCAUUUCGGUUUUCCUUUGGCCCAUCGCUUCCCAGACCCCGAACCUUUGCCUUGUCAGGAGGGAACUCGGAUCCUGAGGUUUCCUUUUUUCAUUUUUAAGUAUCCAGAGAGAAAGAUGUCCGUUUCCCCGGCACAACCUCGCCCUUCACGGGGUGUUGGGAUCCACGGGCCGGCAAGUCCCAGCCCCAAAGUGUGACCAGACCCCCCCAAUUCCUAGCCCAGAAAACCACGAUGGGAUUUUAUGAUCUGUUACUCAUUGGUCCGACAUUGUAAGCAUUUUUUUUCUCCUUUUUUUUCUUUGGGUGGGGAGGUCAGGGCAGAAAGGUUGAGCCAAAAGGCUAAGCUUUUACAUGUAAGGGUUUUUAUAGGUUUGCAUAAACUUUUCAAUACUCCACGUCCCAUUUCCACCGUUAAGAACACUUUCUUGGAAUUAUUUUUCAAGAAGCUUUUCUUUCGAGGAAGGCAAAAUGGAGAGAGAAAGAGCUUAUCUGGGAAUGGGAGAAAGUGGGGUUCGAGUCCCACCUGGGAGUCCUCAGCCAGUCAUCGACAAGUCAGCAUUUCUCAAGCGCCUCUUGCGGGCCCAGCACUGUGCUAACUGUGGCGUUCUUCUGGACGCCCCGGCCUUGGGCAGUCUCCCCUCCAAGCCUGGGCCAUUCCCUCACUGAGAAGUCCAGGCAGAGAGCAGAGCAGUUUCCCAUGAGAUCCCAGGAGCAGCUCGUUCAUUCCCUACCAUCUCUUAAAAAAGUGGGUGUUCUCUGCAGUCUCCCCUGAGUAAUUCAGCCUUACAAAAUCCGGCCCCUUUAGACCCCGAGCCUAGGAGCAGUCACAGUGUUACUGAGCUAGAGCAUCCAUUGCUGGGGAGGAGGGGAAUCGGGGGUGGGGGGCUGCCUCGUGGAGUCCUUCAAGCACAAGGCCCGAGCUGCCCAGUGGAUCCCUGAUGCUGCAUUCUCAUUGGUGCUACGCCAUCCUCCCCCAAGCUCCAGGCCCUCAAGCGAUUCCGUCUUCCCAUUCGGACCCCCGGGCAGCCAUUCUUCCCCAGGUUUACUACCCACCACCAUCUUGGUGCAGUGUUAUCCUGGCCUUUUCAUUCUUUUAAAAAAGGGGGGACCUUGCAGGGAGAGCCUUUAGGGGGAACUGGGGUCCAGAUGUGGCCCCUUCCACCUACCUUAAAUAGCAUUUCUUUUUCUUACUGUUCUGGGGAAAAGAAACCGACUGGCCUAGUCAGGGGUCUUUAAAUAGGAGCCACUGUUCUUGAUAAGAGGAGAAAGGGCUAUAAACAGAUUAAAUUUGUCCCUAGAAGGGACAUCGAGGACAGGAACCUUCAAGCAUUCUCCGGAGGGCCACAUGAUCAAUCUGAAUUUAAUGCCCAUUAUCCCUUGGCCUGAAUGUGCGAACUGGAUAAGACACUAGAAACUCAGUGGGCUAGAAAACAGAUUCAGAGCCUCAAUCUAGGCCCAUCCUAUCAUUUGACAGUUGAACAAACUGAGGCCUGGAGAGAGAAAGUGAUUAAGAUCACACAGAGGGCAAAUGACAAAAGCUGGAGUUUUUGCUAAAAAAAAAAAUGUUUGCUAAAGGGCUCAGGUCAGUCAUCCCUGGCCCGGUCCCCUCACGGGACAGAAGCGGGAAGGAAGCUCCAGAGAGGGGAAGGGAUUUGUUCGUGGUCAGAGGACUCACAUCCACCAGUGCAAACAAGCCCAAUAUUAGCUCCCUGUCAGCAGGUCAGUGACUGCCCUGAAAAGACACUUUCCCCCAAACUCUUGGGGAAAGUUUCCCCAAACCUUCAGGCCAGCCAGCUCCCACAGCCUCCAGAACACACUGCAGGGAACAAGUUAAAAUCCCUAAAUUGCUGCUUGCCAUUCAUCGCUGUUCCCAUAAUUCCACUUCAUGUCACGCUGGCUAGAAAAUGAAAACAGCAUCAGCCCAACUCCUGGGGAGGCCGUUCAGACCAACUAAUGCCUUUCUAACGUCCGGGCCAGUGUCUCCCGGUCUUAAAUGCUGGCUUCCCAUCACGACUGGGAGAUGCACUCCCCCCCCCAAAUGACUCCCCUCCUUCUGUUUGGAACCCGUGGAACGCCAUGGCCUUGGGACCCAGGAAAAUCUCAUUACCCAAAGACAGCUGGUUUUGGUCAUGCAAAAGCCAGGGCCCCGGCUUGAUGCCUUCGGAUCAGUCCCUUCCCGAGAAGAAACCAUAUUCCGGCCCAGUUAAGCUAGAACCCCACGGAGACCCCCAGCAAAGUGUGUGCUGUGAUUGUGGCCUUCGUUAGCACAGGUCCGAGAGAGAGGAAAGGGUUUGGAAGCCAUUUCAUCCACUCCCAUUUUACAGAUGAGGAAACUGAGGUUCAGAGAGAGGAAACAUCAAAGCUGGGAAUUGCAAUACAGGUCUUCUGACUCCAGUCAGCAAGAAAGUCUCAGCUCUUGUGCCCAGCCCUUAAAAUCACUCAACUAAGAAGCAUUUAUUAGGCGCUUACUAAAUGCCAGGGAAUGACAACAGCUAGUUACAGUCUCCUCUCUCCUCCUCUUCCCCUGCAAGCAGCCUAGCCCAGGACAGUCCCCCCGUAUGGGGACAACACAGGAGCAGUAAAUAGACAGUAUCCAUCUUCCCACAAUUCACAACCUAAUUUGGAAAAAACAUUCAAAAAAUCGUCGUGUUCCAAGAGGCUUAUCGGUUUCAAGCUUUAAUAAUCAUCACAACUUAAGUAAUUACUAAAGCUUAAAACUGAACUGAGACUUUUGGGACACUUUAUGUAUUUCCACCAAGUGGGUUGAGUCGGGGAUGGCCACAAGCUUUUGGGGUUGGACAAUAAACAUUAGACUUUUGCCCUUAUGUUAAAGUAUUAACUGGUACCACCUUAAUGAUAAAAGCCCAUUUGGGAGAGCGGUUCAUUGUAAUAUAAAAUAAAGUAAAAAUAAAUUUAAUUUAAACCUCCAUCCCCCAAAUGGAGAGUUCAUUUUGACCACUGCUUCACGGCCCAAUUUCUACAUGUCAGGUUUGAGAUGGAGUGGGGGAGGGGGUCAGAAAAGGCUUUGAGAGCACAGUUGCUUACCACGUCCAAGUCACAUAAACCUUUUUGUUUUCUGGUGGGCUUACGAAGGGAUAAGGACAAUUCAAUAAAAAUGUUUUAAAAGCCUUCAAAUUAUUCCUUUGCUUUAAAAGAAAAAAAAAAAAAGAACGCAUCUCUCUCUCUGUGCAAAAUGAACAUUUCCUUCUCUCCCUGGCAGAGCUGGCCAGAUAGUUAUAUAUUUCUUUCUGUUUCCAAGGUACCUGUAACUAUCUUGCACUGUUUAUUGGAAGGUGGAAUAUGUUCUUUGAAUCCUUGUAUAAAUAAAAAGGCUGGAGACUUAAACGGACGUCGGCGCCACAAACUCUUA